AUGAUGAGCUCCAGCCUGCUAGAAAACCCGGUGCAGGCGAUCCUGUACCUUCGGGAGCUCACCACGAUCGUCCAGAACCAGCAGAGUCUCAUCCAGACCCAGCGCGCCCGGAUAGAGGAGCUGGACCGGCGGGUGGACGAGCUCAUCGGCGAAAACAGGCACCUGCGGGACGUCAGGGUACAACAGCAGCAUCCUUAUCAUCACCACCAUCACCAUCAUCACCCCGACCCCAGCUGCCUUCAUCAUCACCAUCACCCUCAGGACAUCCAGCUCAAGACUGGUGCGGGGUCUCUGCCAGACCAUGCGGUUGGACCAGCACAGCUCGAGGCGACUCCGGGGGUCCAGCCACCGUCCCCCCAAUCUAUGGACCCGGGGAACAUGCAGCUGGUCCCAGCCGAUCCGUCCACGGUCUCCCCGGCUGAAAGUGACCCGGAAAACGGCGGCAGUUGCGCCAGCUGCCGCUCUUUGGUUCAGAUGACCCCCACAACCCUUUGUAGAUCCCUGGCCCUGGCUAAGAAAUCCGAGAGUGAGACUGUGCUGCAUCAGUUUUGCUGCCCCGCCCCUGAACAUCCAGAGGCCGACACCACUGGCUCAUCCGGAGGACAGAUGCUGAGCCUGGAGGAUGGAACAUCCUCUAGUGUUGGGCAGGAGGUGGAGGGGACCAAGAGGGAGGGACCCAGCGAGUACGAGAUCACCCUGGAGAAUAAAAACAAACAGAUAGAGGAGUUGGAGCAGAAGUAUGGAGGCCAUCUGAUAGCGAGGCGGGCAGCCCGUCGUAUUCAGACAGCUUUCCGUCAGUAUCAGCUCAGCAAAAACUUCCAGAAGAUCCGUAACUCGCUGUCAGAGAGCAAGUUGCCACGUCGGAUCUCCCUGCGCCAUCCCAGCCCUUCCGGCCGAAACCGGAACGCAGCCCAGAGACACAGUUACACUCUGCAUCCAGGAGGAGGACAGAUACCUCUGCGCUCAAAAACUCCCCCUCCUCCCCCGUGUCGCUCCACCUCUCUGCCCCCUUCUCCUGCGUCUGCCCCAGCAGCUGCUCCCUCUCCUGCACCAGACACGGGCCCACCUCAAACCCCUGGACCCACACUCACACAGCUAGAGGACUGCUUUUCUGAACAACUGCACUCCUUGGCCCAGUCAAUCGAUGAGGCCCUUCGUGGUUGGAGCUUAUCAGAGGGUGGAGAGGGGAAAGGGCUACUGAUGGACCCCGGGGCGCUUCGCGCAGCUGCUGAGAGCGCUUGUUUGCCUCGCAGUGCCAGCUCACUGCUCAUGGCUUUCAGGGAUGUCACUGUUCACAUCGACAGCAACAGCUCCUACACUAUCUCCUCCGCCACCACCACAACCACCACCUCUCUGGGCAACACUGGUGGGGCAGAACCGGGCAGCAGGAAGACCUCUGUGAGCGGAAUGGCUGGGGGAGGAGAUGGCCAGUCAGCGGAGGAACCGGAGUUUCCUGCCCCUCCCCCCAGUGAGGAGCUAGAAAUGGUUGAUCCAGGAUCCAGGAGGGGCUCCACAGUUCCGGCUCCGGGAGGAGGAGGGAUGGAAGGGGAGAGUGGCUCCGACAGACUGGGUUCCACCUCCACUUCUACCUCUGCCUCCACCUCCAUCUCCACCUCAACCCAGUCUAAUCAGCAGCCUGCUCAGAUUUACACGCAGUAUCAGCAGUACCACUACACCCAUCCUCAGCAGAUCCCUGGGGGGCCGAGCCCUGAGGCCCUGCAGGCCUUGGUCGUCUCUCUGCCCAGGGACCGCUGCCAGGAUCCAGCCUCUUGCCGCUCGCCGACCCUGUCCACAGACACUCACCGCAAACGCCUCUAUCGUAUAGGACUCAAUCUCUUCAAUGUGAACCCAGAGAGAGGCAUCCACUUCCUGAUCACGCGUGGUUUCGUCCCGGACACAGCCAUCGGAGUGGCUCACUUCCUGCUGCAGAGGAAGGGCCUGAGCCGGCAGAUGAUUGGAGAGUUCUUGGGGAACAGCAAGCUGCAGUUCAACCGAGAUGUUCUUGAUUGUGUUGUGGAUGAGAUGGAUUUCUCCGGCAUGGAGCUUGAUGAAGCCCUGAGAAAGUUCCAGGCUCAUGUCCGUGUUCAGGGAGAAGCACAGAAAGUGGAAAGACUCAUCGAAGCCUUUAGCCAGAGGUACUGUAUGUGCAAUCCUGAUGUGGUGCAGCAGUUUCACAACCCGGACACUAUCUUCAUCCUGGCCUUUGCUGUGGUCCUCCUCAACACGGACAUGUACUCACCCAACAUCAAACCCCAGCGCAAAAUGGGCCUCGAUGACUUCAUACGCAACCUAAGAGGUGUGGAUGAUGGAGCAGACAUCCCCAGAGAGAUGGUGGCAGGCAUCUAUGAAAGGAUUCAACAGAGAGAGCUCCGCUCAAAUGAAGACCAUGUCACUUAUGUGAGUCGUGUGGAGCAGUCCAUCCUGGGCCUGAAAACUAUCCUCGCUGUCCCCCACAGACGUCUGGUGUGCUGCUGUCGUCUGUUUGAGGUUCCUGACGCCAACAAGUCUCACAAACAGAAACUGUCCCAGCUCCAGAGAGAGGUUUUCCUCUUCAAUGACCUUCUGCUGAUCCUGAAACUGUGUCCCAAGAAGAAAAGCUCGGCCUCAUACACCUUCUGUAAAGCUAUGGGUCUCCUGGGAAUGCAGUUUCACCUUUUCAGCAAUGAAUACUAUGCCCAUGGCAUCACCAUGCUGAGCCCGUUUACCUCAGAGAAGAAGCAGCUGGUGAGCUUCUGCUCCCCGAGCGGAGAAGAGCUCAGGAAGUUUGCAGAGGAGCUCCGAGAGGCUAUCGCAGAGGUCAACGAGAUGGAGCAGAUACACAUCCAGUGGGAAUUGGAGAGGCAACAAGGCAUCCAGCCACAUGGCAUACACACCAAUGGCGGGCAAGUGGACACACACACAGGACACGGCUCUCCCUCAGGCCAACAGGAUGUGUACGAUAAAACCGGCAACAACAACACAGUAGAGGUGUCAAUUCACAACAGGCUGCAGACCUAUCAACUGAGCCAGCCCAGCAUUGAGUCCACGCCUCUGGCCCUGGCUGCGCCACCCGCCCUGCUCAGCCCCGUCCAGCCUGGGGAGCUCCGCCCAGAAACACUCAUCCAGUGCCAGCAGAUUGUCAAGGUGAUCGUGGUGGACCAGAGCGGGCGAGGGCGGAUGGAGGCCUUCCUGAGCCAAGGCCCAGCCACCCAUCAGCUCAUCCAGUCAGCCAUGUCCACACCUGUUCGCAUCAGGGAGGGCGAUGGCCCUCAGCCCCCCCUCCCGCCGCCGCCUCCACCUUACAACCACCCCCACCAGUUUUGUCCCCCUGACUCACCCAUGCCCCUCCACCACACCAUGCCUCUCACCCGCAGGCGCAACUCCAGCGGCUCCCGCAGCAUUGUCUGA